CCGCGCGCACACGAACUCGCGAUCAAUCGAUUCGUAGGACGUCUUGGACAACAGUUCCACGGAGGUGAAUAAAAAUCCAUAUAAAAGCUAAACACGCCGACAAAACUCACGAAACGGAAACGCCGUCCGUCUCCUCGACGACUCCCGACGAAACGUUUCUUCUUCCAUUCCCGCGGUCGACCGCGGCAGCACACAAUAUCGUCGAGUCCGGUGAGACACGACGACCUAUUCCCGUUCACUUCCUCAGGGCGCCCCGACCCGGUACGACCCCCAAAAAAAAGUAUUCCGCGUCGCCCGGCCCCGUAAACGCCGACAACGACUCUCCCGACUCCGGUAAUAAACAAUAAUAUUAUAAUCGUUAUUCGACAACAGGCGUCGCCAUGAUCGGCGGUCUGUUCAUGUACAACCACAAGGGCGAGGUGCUCAUAUCGCGAGUGUAUCGCGACGACAUCGGCCGCAACGCCGUGGACGCGUUCCGCGUGAACGUCAUACACGCCCGCCAGCAGGUCCGGUCACCGGUCACCAACAUCGCGCGCACGUCGUUCUUCCACAUCCGCCGGGCCAACAUUUGGCUGGCGGCCGUCACCAAACAGAACGUCAACGGCGCCAUGGUGUUCGAGUUCCUCAUACGGUUCACGCAGGUCAUGCAGUCGUACUUCGGAAAGAUCAACGAGGAGAACAUCAAGAACAACUUUGUGCUCAUCUACGAGCUGCUCGACGAGAUACUCGACUUUGGCUAUCCGCAGAACUGCGACACGGGCGUGCUCAAGACGUUCAUCACGCAGACGGGCGUCAAGUCGCAGAGCAAGGAGGAGCAGAUGCAGAUCACGUCCCAGGUCACCGGCCAGAUCGGAUGGCGGCGCGAGGGCAUCAAGUACCGCCGCAACGAGCUGUUCCUCGAUGUGCUCGAGUACGUCAACCUGCUCAUGUCGCCCCAGGGACAGGUGUUGUCCGCGCACGUUGCUGGCCGCAUACUCAUGAAGUCCUACCUGAGCGGCAUGCCCGAGUGCAAGUUUGGCAUCAACGACAAGAUCGUCAUGGAGUCCAAGGGCACCAAAAUCCUCGACGACUCGGGCUCGCGGACGGCCUCUGGCAAGCCAGUUGUUGUCAUCGACGACUGUCAAUUUCAUCAGUGCGUAAAACUUUCAAAAUUUGAAACAGAACAUUCCAUAAGCUUCAUUCCGCCUGACGGUGAAUUCGAGUUGAUGCGUUACCGUACUACCAAAGAUAUAUCGUUGCCGUUCAGGGUUAUACCGUUGGUCAGAGAAGUGGGUCGUACUCGCAUGGAGGUCAAAGCAGUAUUGAAAUCUAAUUUCAAACCCUCCUUGUUAGGACAAAAAAUAGAAGUCAAGAUUCCCACUCCCUUGAAUACUGCUGGUGUUCAAUUGUUGUGUUUAAAAGGUAAAGCCAAAUACAAGGCUUCAGAUAAUGCGAUUGUGUGGAAAAUUAAGAGGAUGGCGGGCAUGAAAGAAACACAGCUCUCGGCUGAAAUAGAUCUUUUGGAGACUGACACUAAGAAAAAAUGGACUAGACCACCGAUUUCUAUGAAUUUUGAGGUACCAUUUGCUCCUUCUGGGUUCAAAGUCAGAUAUUUAAAAGUUUUCGAGCCAAAGUUGAAUUAUUCUGAUCAUGAUGUUGUCAAAUGGGUUCGUUAUAUUGGGCGAAGUGGAUUGUAUGAAACUAGAUGUUAAUCAAACAAAACUAUACGUAUUUUAACAAUUUCCCAAUAUUCUGGUCCAAAAUUAUUUACACACUGAUUAAUAUUAAAUAUAAUAUUUAUUUUAUCAUAUCAUAUUUUUUAAUUUAUAAUCCAUUCAGUAUAUAUGAUAUGAUUAAAUACGUUUAUUGUUAUUUAAACUAGUCAUUUAUAUUCUUUUUAUAUGCAUUAUAAAUUUAUAAAUAAUGUUUAUAUUUUAAUGUAAUUGAUUUGAUAAAAAUAUUGGCUGAUAUGAUUUUAUUAUUACUAUUAUACCUACCAACAUAGUUAAUUUAUUAUUUUAUAUAUAUUAUAUAUUUAUUUUUUAUUAUUAUUUACUUAUUUUGAUCUGCUUUUAUUUUUCUAGGUAUUUAUUAUUUGUAAUACUACAACUAAGUUUAAACGAAUAAGUAUUACUGUAGGUAAAUAAUAAUCUAAUAAUGAUUAUAUUUAAUGCUUUAUUAUAAUAUUAUAUAUUAUAUUCAAACAUAACAAAAA